AGUGCCGCUGCUUGUGCUUGAGUUGUUCAGGCUCUUUGCAAGAAUCAGCUGUGUUUCCAGACAGCGGGCUGCAUUUGAGCAUUUUCCUCCCCGUAUUCUCAGGCGUUUGGAGCAGCGAUGAUCAAACCAGCUCUUCUUUCAUGCCUGUUUCUGCUGUUAAGUCCGUCUCCGUGUGAAGGUCAGUCUCAGCUGAUUGGUCCACCUCGGCCAAUAUUGGCAAUAGUUGGUGAUGACAUCAUCUUGCCAAGCCACCUGGACCCUGCUGUGGACGCUUUUGGCAUCACAGUGGAGUGGGCGAGACCCGACCUGAAGCCCAGGUUCGUCCACGUGUGGCGUGACGGUGUGAACCUUCUGAUUAAUCAAAACCCGUCCUACAUUGGAAGAACGUCUCUGUUCAUGGACAAACUGAAGAACGGAGACGUAUCUCUGAAACUCUCUAAAGUGAAACUCUCUGAUGAGGGAAAAUACAGAUGCUUCAUCCCUUCACUUGGAAGAGACACUAUCAUCCAGCUUGUUGUUGGUGCUGCCUCCUCUCCUGUCAUCAACGUGAGCAAAAGCAGCAGUGGAGUGGUUUUAGAGUGUGAAAGUAAAGGCUGGUACCCAGAGCCUGAGCUGUUUUGGCUGGACGCUGAGGGAAAGCUCCUCUGUGCUGGAGCUUCAGAGACAGUCAGAGGUCCUGAUGGCCUCUAUACUGUCAGCAGCAGAGUGACUGUGGAGAAG